AUGGGCACUCUUGUCAAGAAAGCAUGGUGGACGUGGCCUGAAAACUUUCAUUCUCCACUGGUAUUUUACAUGGAAGAAGAGCUAGGGAAGCWUGUAAUUGAUCAUGGAGAUAAAUACCUUCGUUCUAUGGAGGUGCAUAGCCCCACCCUAAUUCAGGUGGAGCCAUGGUUCACAGCCACAAGCCAGACUCAAGUUACCGUCAUUGGGCCACAUGGAGCAAGACAGUGGUUGCUGGAUAUGAUCCGGAGUGUGGGGAGCCAGAAUUCUUGCUGCCGGGCUCAAGGCCUGGAGAUGUUGAGGUGUGUCCAGAGCUGGCCCCUGACUGAUCAUGACUGUCACCACAUGAUGGAACCAGAUACCUGGAGUCUAUUAUUGGCCACCAGAAUGAGUGGGACCAUCUCCCUUGAGGUUCCUCAGGGUUCCCCUUACCAAUUGCAUGGUGAUUUGGGGUUGCAUCGGAGUUAG